AUGAGAGGAGAGGGAGGAAUGGAAAGGAACGGAGGGAAGGAGAGGGGAGGAAUGGAGGGGAAAAAGAGAAGGAGGGGAGGAAUGGGAAAGGAAAUGCAGAGAGGGGAGGAACCAGAGGAAAGAGAAGGGGGAAACCUAGAGGGGAAAGAGGGGAGGAAACCUAUAGAGGGGAAAGAGCGGAGAGGGGAGGAACCUAGAGGGGGAAAGAGCAGAGAGGGGAGGAACCUAGGGGAAAAGAGGGGAGGAAGGAACCUAGAGGGGAAGAGGGGAGGAAGGAAACCUAGAGGGGGAAAGAGCAGAGAGGGGAGGAACCUAGAGGGAAAGAAGCAGAGAGGGGAAAGGGGGCGGUGUGGAGCGGGAGAGAAGAGGGAGGAAACCCAGAAAGGAAAGAGCAGGAGAGGGGGAGAGGCCUAG